GCCCAUGGGGACCCAGCCAGCCAAAAAUGAGCUGCUCUAGGGCCCUGCUUAUGGUGCAGGACACUGGGACACCCACGCCUGGCCAUACCAGGACUUUGUUCCUGGGUUACCUAUAGUCUCGCUGAACUUUGCAAAGAAAAGUUCUUUUGAGUUGUGCUUCUGCCCUUUGAACCUGUUAUCUUCAGAGUCACAAACCUGGCCCACUAGGCUAUAAAAGCAGCUUAUUCCAACGCAUUAUCCCUGCAGCCUGCUCCUUGCCAUCCACCACACACCCUCACUGAACCAGCGGCCAUCACCAUGACAAGGGACCAGAAUGGAACCUGGGAGAUGGAGAGUAAUGAAAACUUUGAGGGUUACAUGAAGGCCCUGGAUAUUGAUUUUGCCACCCGCAAGAUUGCAGUACAUCUCACUCAGACGAAGGUUAUUGAUCAAGAUGGUGAUAACUUCAAGACAAAAACUACUAGCACAUUCCGCAACUAUGAUGUGGAUUUCACUGUUGGAGUAGAGUUUGACGAGUACACAAAGGGCCUGGAUAACCGGCAUGUUAAGGCACUGGUCACCUGGGAAGGUGAUGUCCUUGUGUGUGUGCAAAAGGGGGAGAAGGAGAACCGCGGCUGGAAGCAGUGGAUGGAGGGGGACAAGCUGUACCUGGAGCUGACCUGUGGUGACCAGGUGUGCCGUCAAGUGUUCAAAAAGAAAUAAUGGUGACACGGGAGGCCUGCCAAGCACAAGCUCCCCACUGCCCACACCGAGUGGUCUACUGGCUUUGAGAAGCAGCUGUGGGGACCUUCCCACUCUUGACAGAGCCCCAUUAAGGCAUCUGGAUGGGUUUUAAACAGAAUGCGUAUGUAGCAGUGAUAGACAUAUUCCCCUCCUUUGAAAUCUAUCAUUAAAUGGAAAAACAAAAAUUACUCCCAUAUUUUGAAACCCUUUAUAUGGAUCUCCGUUUAUUU